AGGAGCGCCGCCCGAGCCGCAGCAGCUGUCAGACCCCACCGCCCUGCCUCCGGCCGCAGCCCGCGCUCCGGCCAGCCCGGGUGGCCUGGUCCCUCCCUGCCCACCGCACCCGCGCGCGCCCGGCCGAGCCGCGGAGACCGCCGCUCUGCGGCUCUGCGGUGGGUUCUGCGCUCAGCUGUCAGCCGCCGCAGGGUGGCUCGGAUGACCGCGCAGGGCGCUAGAACGAGGCAGCGGGGAUCCUCGGGCGCAGACGUGCCCGGGGGAGCUCAAGGCUUCCCAGAGGGGACACCUUGCAACCGCCUUCUCCCCAAGGUCCUAGAACACACAUCCGCACCUGUGCGCCAGUCUCCGAACCCCCAGGGCUCAAUCCCCAGGGCUCCACCCCGAGAGUCGAGUUUAAGGAAGGGACAACUCGCUGCACCUCCCUCGCAGUUCACCCACUCACUGGGGGUUCGGGAGCCGAGCGGCACCGAGAGGGCGGCGGGCGGCGCUCACGGACUACCCCAGGUGUCCGCGAGAGGGGACUUGAUCCAGCAUCUGGGCUGGGCAGGGAUUUGCGGGAACUUAGAGGAAGCCGGCAGGGCGGCGGGUGUCUGAAGGGCCGCACACACCCCUGGCUCCCGGGGUCGUGGGCACAUUGAGUCUCCCCAGCCCGUCCUUGCAUACAUGCAAGUUUGACAACUUGGGCGAAGUUCCUGUCAGGCUGUGGUCCGGGCGGUUUUGUGUGUGACCCAACAAGGUGCUCCUCGCGUUCCGCGGGUCCAGCCAGCCACUGCUGUCGCUGCUUCCUGGAACGAGAGGGGCUGGAGCGUGCCACCUCCGAGACCCACCUGCGACUUGCAGCGGGCUCCUAGGCGCGUUCCUGGAUUUUCACCUUUGCUGUCUAGUGUCGUAGUCUCUCACUCUGUUAAUUUCAUCUACUGAGUGUAUUUAACUAAAAAGGGUAAUUACUUUGGAUAAAAAUGCUUCCUAGACUAGUGGGAACCUUGGCGGAGAUGCUGCCUAAUGAGAUUUUUUUUUCCUUUUUUUUUCUUUUGUCUGUUUAAAAGUAAAAUUAGAGAUGUUAACUCUGAUAACGGUUUUCUCAGAUCAUUAAAAUGUAACAUGUAGGAAAUUUGCCGCUAAAGCUCAGGCUGACUAGAAAAGCUAAGCUUGAACCACCUAGUGCCACUCCUCUUGUAGAGAUGACUAUUUCCGCAAGGCAGCGGGCGACUUGCUUAAAAUGUGAGGUCAUCCCAUCCUGAGCCUCCAGCAGCUUGCCAGUGGUCCGCCCUUUUCAUUCUUGCAGGUAAUAAACGUGAUGGGGGGAAAAAAACAUCUUGUUAGAAUUAGUCUUUUCAAUUCACAGUGUUGCAGCCAAAUUGCUCCAGUGAAAAAUCUGUCAGUGUCUCUAUUGUAAUUCAGUUUCCCAAGGAGCUUAUAAUUACCACAAAACUUUGUAUGGCUUCUCGUGUUCUGUACUUUAAAACUAUUGAUCACCCACCUUGGCACUAAUUGCUAUUUUUUGAAACCCAAAGCUAUUCAAAUGAAGGUUCCAGAAAUGAGAUCUGCAACCAUAAAAUAGUCUGGUUAAUAUUUACAUUUUGUGUUUUAAAGGGCUUCAGGUUUGCCACAUGGUAAUCUGAAUGUUUGAAUAAAUUCUUCUGAUAUCGGUUCAUUCUUCAAGUGGGCUGGAACGUCAGUCCGUACAGAUCUGUUUUUCUCAGGUGUAUGGUGUCUAAGUCCUAGCUAGAUUGUAAGCACCCCUGUUAGUUCUUCGUGCUUUGUGUGUUGUAUGUCAGAAUCUUCCACAGAGCAGGAAUGAGGCACAAAGGGUUGGAGGGAAUCAAAUAGCCCCUAAUUUACUUUCAGUGCUCCCAGUGUCUGGGAGGCUGCGGUGCAUUCUGGUUCUAUUGAAUUAUGCCCUUUGACUCAGAAUCUUCAG